GGCCCCAGCCAGACCUCCCACCCUGACCGGGGUCUGGGAGGAAGGAGGGGCCUCUGACAGCUCUGUUUCCACAGAGGUUGGAGCUGAACAGAGCAGUGUCCUCAGGAUGACCUCGCCCUCCAGCCCUCCCGCUUUCAGGCUUGAGACACUGGAUGACGUCCAAGAAGAGGAUGCUAAAGUGGACAAAGCAAAGCUGGGCCAUGGGGAUGGGCCGCCCCCCAUGGAGUCACCAUUCCAGGGCGAGGACCAGAACUUCCCCCCUCAGAUCAAAGUGAACCUCAAGUACAGAAAGGGAGCAGGUGCCAGCCAGCCAGACCCAAACCGCUUUGACCGUGACCGGCUCUUCAGCGUGGUGUCCCGGGGUGUCCCCGAGGACCUGGCUGGGCUACCAGAAUAUCUGCGCCGGACCAGCAAGUACCUCACUGACUCAGAGUACACAGAGGGCUCUACAGGGAAGACAUGCCUGAUGAAGGCUGUGCUGAACCUUCGGGACGGGGCCAACGCCUGCAUCCUGCCGCUGCUGCAGAUCGACCGGGACUCUGGCAAUCCCCGGCCCCUGGUCAAUGCCCAAUGCUCAGAUGAGUACUACCGAGGCCACAGUGCCCUGCACAUCGCCAUCGAGAAGAGGAGCCUGCAGUGUGUGAAGCUCCUGGUGGAGAAUGGGGCAGAUGUGCAUGCCAGGGCCUGCGGCCACUUCUUCCAGAAAAAGAGCCAAGGGACUUGCUUCUAUUUUGGUGAGCUGCCCCUGUCUCUGGCCGCGUGCACCAAGCAGUGGGAUGUGGUGACCUACCUCCUGGAGAACCCGCACCAGCCAGCCAACCUGCAGGCCGCCGACUCCCUGGGCAACACGGCCCUGCACGCCUUGGUGAUGAUCGCUGACAACUCAGAGGAGAACAGCGCACUGGUGAUCCACAUGUAUGACGGGCUCCUCCGAGCCGGGGCCCGCCUCUGUCCCGCCGUGCAGCUCGAGGACAUCCCCAACCGGCAGGGCCUCACGCCCCUGAAGCUGGCCGCCAAGGAGGGCAAAAUCGAGAUUUUCAGACACAUCCUGCAGCGGGAGUUCCCGGGGCCAUGCCAGCCCCUUUCCCGAAAGUUCACUGAGUGGUGCUACGGGCCUGUCCGGGUGUCGCUGUAUGACCUGGCCUCUGUGGACAGCUGGGAGGAGAACUCAGUGCUGGAGAUCAUCGCCUUUCAUUGCAGAAGCCCGCACCGACACCGAAUGGUGGUUUUGGAGCCACUGAACAAGCUACUGCAGGCGAAAUGGGACCUGCUCAUGCCCAGGUUCUUCUUCAACUUCCUGUGUCACUUGAUCUACAUGCUCAUCUUCACCAUUGUGGCCUACCACCAGCCUGCCCUGGAGAAGCAGGCCUUCUCCCUCAUGAGAGUAACAGGCGGAAACUCCAUGCUGCUACUGGGCCACAUCCUGAUCCUGCUUGGGGGGGUCUACCUCCUCGUGGGCCAGCUGUGGUACUUCUGGAGGCGCCGUCUGUUCAUCUGGAUCUCGCUCAUGGACAGCUACUUUGAAAUCCUCUUCCUGGUCCAGGCCCUGCUCACAGUGCUGUCCCAGGUGCUGUGUUUCCUGGCUGUCGAGUGGUACCUGCCGCUGCUUGUGUCCUCACUGGUGUUGUGCUGGCUGAACCUGCUUUACUAUACACGUGGCUUGCAGCACACAGGCAUCUACAGCGUCAUGAUCCAGAAGGUCAUCCUGCGGGACCUGCUCCGCUUCCUUCUGGUCUACUUAGUCUUCCUUUUUGGCUUUGCUGUAGCCCUGGUGAGCCUCAGCCGGGAGGCCCGGGUCCCCCAGGACCCCACAGGCUCCAAUGUCACGGAAGCAGUGCGGUCUGGGACGGGACAGGAUGAGGAGGGCAGCACGGCCCCAUACAGGGGCAUCCUGGACGCCUCCUUGGAGCUCUUCAAAUUCACCAUCGGCAUGGGCGAGCUGGCCUUCCAGGACCAGCUGCGCUUCCGUGGGGUGGUGCUGCUGCUGCUGCUGGCCUAUGUGCUGCUCACCUACGUCCUGCUGCUCAACAUGCUCAUCGCCCUCAUGAGCGAGACCGUCAACAGCGUGGCCACCGACAGCUGGAGCAUCUGGAAGCUGCAGAAAGCCAUCUCUGUCCUGGAGAUGGAGAAUGGCUACUGGUGGUGCAGGAGGAAGAAGCAGCGGGCAGGUGUGUUGCUGACAGUCGGCACCAGGCCGGAUGGGAGCCCCGACGAGCGCUGGUGCUUCAGGGUGGAGGAAGUGAACUGGGCUGCAUGGGAGCAGACGCUGCCCACAGUGUGCGAGGAGCCAUCAGGGCCAGGUGCUCCUGGUACCAUGAAGAAACCAGUCCUGACCUCCCAACCAGGGGAGGACAAUGCCUCAGAGGAAGAUUGUCUGCCCCUCCAGCUCCUGGAGUCCCACUGAUGGCCCAGAUGCAGCAGGAGGCCGGCAGACAGAGCUACAGAAUUUUUCUAGCCCUACCUGCUGGAUCUGGGGAACUUUGGUGGCAAAUAAAUAUUGUCUUGUGACUAAUUCUCCUGGAGACAUUAUUUGAGCAAAGUUACUGGGCCCUUGGGCCGGUUG